UGGGAUGGCGCCUCCGUCCCCCAGGCGGCCCUGGCCCGUCCCUCCCCGCGCUGGAACCUGGCCCUGCACCGUUGCUCGGUGACGCCGUCCUCGCGCCCGGCCCUGGGGCCCGCCCUGGUGCUGCUGCGCGGAGGCUGCCCCGCCGACGCCUCGGUAGCCUUCCCGCCACCGCCGCCGCCGCCGCCGCACGCCGGCGCCACAAGCCCCGUACGCUUCAGCUUCCGCCUGCGCCCGGUCUUCAACGCCUCGGUGCAGUUCCUGCACUGCCAGCUGAGCCGCUGUCGCCGCCUCCGGGGAGUCCGCCCGGCGCCUGCACCGCUGACGCAGCCGCCACCACCGCCACCGCCAUCGCGGUGUCUGCCUCAGGAUGCGGCGUGCGCGGGCGCCGGCGAGAACCUCGGCGCCGACAGCCCCCACCUGCACACGCUCACGCAGCCCAUCGUGGUCACGGUGCCGCGGCCGCCCCCCAGGCCGCCCAAGAGCAUUCCGGGCAGGGCCGUGCGCCCGGAGCCGCCCGCGUCUGCCCCCGCAGCCCUAGAGCCCGCGCCGGUGGUGGCGCUGGUGCUGGCGGCCUUCGUGCUGGGCGCCGCGCUGGCCGCUGGGCUUGGCCUCGUCUGCGCGCACUCAGGUACGGGUCCCCGCCCUGCUGGGACCACCGCGGGUGCCCUAGGCUACUCCUGCGUAUCUGGCGCUCCAAGAGCCCAGCGGGCGGAGCCGGGCCACCUGCAGGCUCGCCUCCGCCGCAGCCUCCAGGGGGCGCCCGUACCCUCCCACCGUAGCCUGCUCCCCUCUUGCAGCGCCGCCGCCCGCAGGCCCGCCCGCAAGAGCCCUGCCCAGCGCUCCCCAAGCCAGGAGACCCCAGUGAGGCAGGCGUGGCGCGCUCCCAGCGGGGUCCGGAGAGCCACCCAGGCCCGCCAGGAUAUGAACCAGCCGUCCCAGACCCCGGACCCGAGGGCACCACGACUUCGGCGCUUCUCCCCCGCUCCCCUCCCACCUGAGCUCAAAGUAAACCUGUGGACUGCCCGGCUGAGUUCUGGAGACGUCAGUGAGGGUCCCUGACGCGGGAGGCCGAAAGGGGUGGCGCAAGGGGGUCAGGACUGGAAGGCGGGGCUCAUACGCCCACGUCCAGGGGGGCACAGAUGUGUCCGGGGAGACCCAAGAGCGUUUGACCUCAAACACAAAGCGACACCCAGCC